CCCCCCGCGGAAGCUAACUAAUAGAAUCGGCUUUUCAUGGAUUUUAUUUCAUUUUGACACGUUUUAAAGGUCCUCCCCAGACUUGCGCGUUCGUAACAAGCAGAUCGUGGAGGUUGCGGUUCUUAACAAACCUCAGAUGUGUUCGAUGCCUACAGAGGGGAUCCUGCUUCAGACUGAACAUGGUGACAGGAACUCAAAAUGGCAGCGGGUCUCCAGGCUUGCCACACGCUCCGGGGGACCACGUGGGGCGGCACGCUGCGGAAUCUGAUCCCUCAGAAGCUUCGAGCCAGCAGGCUCAGGUGCUCUCCCUGGAUCAGAUCCAGAUCACCCGAGGAGCUAAUGAGUACACGGAAGGGCCCGUGGCGGCACCCCGGCCCGGGAGCAGAGCUUCGGAGUCCUCGCAGCCCAAGGCAGAGCUGGAGUCUGACCCGACCGAUGAGCAUGAGAGUCAGCUUGUCAUUGAGGGAAGGCCUCAGCAUCAGCAUCACACGCACCCUCUGCAGGCCAACCCAGCCGAAUUCGCCGGGCCAGUGCGUAUAGGGGUCUGGACAAGCACCAGGACUAGGGAUCACAGUACGUCCUCGGAGCGGAUGCUCCUGGAAAGCGCCCCCAACGACCAUGUAGUGCGAGGGCAGCCAGAGCUGGCCGAACUGAAGCCCAAGGCUCUCAAAGCAACUGUGGGCCAGGGUGCGGGCUUGCACGCGUGUCGCUGCGCGGGCUGCGGCCGGCACGUUUGCGAGACUUGCACCCGCCCACGGACUAUGCCUUCCUGCUGGCUGUGUGGCAGGAGGUGCCUCUGCUCGGCGCGGAACCUGGUGGAGUACGGCACGUGCAUUUGCUGCAUCAAGGGCCUCUUCUACCACUGCUCCUCAGACGACGAAGACAUCUGCGUGGAUGACCCGUGCUCCUGCAGCCACUCGCACUGCUGCGUGCGCUGGUCCGUCAUAGGGGUCAUGUCCCUCUUCCUUCCCUGUCUGCUGUGCUACCUUCCGCUCAAAGGGUGCGUGAAACUGUGCGAGGCCUGCUACAGCCGAGCAGCGCAGCCCAGGUGCCGGUGCAAAAACGCUUCCCCUGCCCUUUGCAAAGCCACUGAGAAGCCCACGUAGGGGGAACACACCAAGCGUGGGAGAGGAGGUCACAUCUCACCACAAACAGUGGUUAAGUUCUAGAUUUAGUUCCGUUGCCCGAAUACCAGGUGGGUUUAUUUAGCAAACAGAAGUGGCUCACUGCAUUAUUAUUUUUGUUAUUUACCAGAAUUUUAGGUGCCUGGGAAACGCUUGUAGGAGAGUGCCUUUUUUUAAUGUACACCGUGUUAAUCUUAAAAGCAUUUCUUGCAAUAAGCUGCAGCUAGAAACUCUUAAUCAAAUGCCUUUAAACAGCCUUUGAAAGAAAUGGCAGCAAACUAAUAACUUUUUUGAGGGAUGUUUUAUUUUUGUAUGUAUCCACUGUGAAGAACAUUGU